UGACUGAAGAGCAGUCUUUUUGUGCUUAGAGGAGCUAAACUUGAGAAGAGAGUCACCUGCGGAACUUUCUGGGCAUGGUACUGUGGCCCAGGGUUUUGGUAUACCCCACAGUUGAACAUCUUAUCCUAUUAUUAACUGGUGAGAUGAGAAAAUGAGUUUUCUGGUUAAGAGAGAAUCCAUCCUGUAAACCUAACAGAUGGAUUACUGACCUUCAGAGAAUAAGAUUUGCAGCAGAACACUCUUAGUCUGCUGAUUUGAAUGAAUUCUAUUUCAUGUUUGAUUCAGAAGGCAUUGAUUUCAUAAUGCAGGAGGAUUCUUAGGAUUAACAUGCUAUAUCAAAAAAGUAUGGUGCAUGUAUUUCAUUCAAAGCAUGCUGUAGAUACAAAGAGACAUAAACUUUAUUCCCGGCCUCAAGGGGUUUACAGUCAGAUAGGGGAAAUAAGUGCUCAGGAGAACUGGAAUGUUCGGCAGGUGGUGGUGAGUGCUAUUAGAGAGGGACAAGGGUGCUGUGAGUUCACAGGUGUGGGAAGGGGGCUUUCUUCAGGUGUCCCUGUCCACAGUCCAGCAGUCCCAGUGGUGGCACUGCAGGAUAAGGAAACCUGUGUGGGUACCAACAAUCAGAGCUACAUUUGUGACACAGGACACUGCUGUGGACAGUCUCAGUGCUGCAACUACUACUAUGAACUCUGGUGGUUCUGGCUGGUGUGGACCAUCAUCAUCAUCCUGAGCUGCUGCUGUGUGUGCCACCACCGCCGAGCCAAGCAUCGCCUUCAGGCCCAGCAGCGGCAGCAUGAAAUCAACCUGAUUGCCUACCGGGAAGCCCACAAUUACUCAGCGCUGCCCUUUUAUUUCAGGUUUUUGCCAAACUAUUUACUACCUCCUUAUGAGGAAGUGGUGAACCGACCUCCGACUCCUCCCCCACCGUACAGUGCCUUCCAGCUACAGCAGCAGCAGCUGCCCGCACAGUGUGGCCCCCCUGGCAGCAGCCCCCCAGGCGCCGAUCCCACCAGGGGUCCCCAGGGGGCGCAGAGCAGCCCCUUGUCUGGGCCCAGCAGAAGCAGCACCAGACCUCCGAGCAUCGCUGACCCUGAGCCCUCUGACGUGCCCGCCAGCACAGCAGCCACCAAAGCCCCUGGAAUGGAGCCCAGUGGCUCUGUGGCCGGCCUGGGGGAGCUGGACCCUGGGGCCUUCCUGGACAAAGAUUCCGACUGUAAGGAGGAGCUGCUGAGAGAUUACAGCUCUGAGCAGGGCGGCGCCCUCCCCGAUAGCAAAGACAAGACGCCCGGCAGACAUCGCCGCUUCACGGGUGACUCGGGCAUUGAGGUGUGUGUGUGCAGCCGAGGCCACCAUGAUGACGAUCUCAAGGAAUUCAACACACUCAUUGACGACGCUCUGGAUGGGCCCCUGGACUUCUGCGACAGCUGCCACGUGCGGCCCCCCGGUGACGAGGAGGAAGGCCUCUGCCAGCCCUCCGAGGAGCAGGCCCGAGAGCCCGGGCACCCCCACCUGCCACGGCCCCCCGCGUGCCUGCUGCUGAAUACCAUCAAUGAGCAGGACUCCCCGAACUCGCAGAGCAGCAGCUCCCCCAGCUAGAGCAGGCCCGGCCCGUGCCGGAGAACUUGGCAAAGCAACCAGGGUAGGGGAGCAGCAGGAGAGAAGCAUUAAAUGACUUUCAGAGAAAGUGGUGCCGCCACUGCAUUCUUCGCCCCCGCCCCGCCGGUCCUGCGUUUUCCCGCACCUCCAGGUACCGCUUGGGGAGCGGAGGCCUCUCCGCCCACAGGAGCACAGUGUCGUGGAGGGCCGACAGGGUGGCUCGUUCUCUGACUCAUUCCUCAUACCCGACCCUGUCCCCUUUUUCUCUUUUCGAGUCGUAUCUCGCUACCUGCCCGGGUCAGAGAGAUGUGUGUUUCAGAGGCCCCCACGGAGGAGGCCGAGACUGUGCCCUGAGGUGACUCUUGGUGGUGGAGUGGAUUUGUGCUCUGGUGUUUGGUUUAAGAGAACUUCUCUGUGUCUCAGUCCAGGAGAGGUGGCAGGGCUCAGCCCUGGGUGAAGAAGGAAGCCCGCAGAGGCCCAGGGAUUGUCACCCUUUGCUGUCAAGGUCUGCCGAGACAGAACUAGGCUAGUCCUGGGGGAGGAUGAGAGCAGACAGGCAGUUAACAAGGUUGGUAGGAGGCCUACUGCUCCCUCAAAUUCCUGGUCAUGAGGUUCGAUGUACCACUGUGCAUCCAUGAGGGGCCCUUCCCAGCAGGUUCUGGCUGGCCACAGCCUGGCUCAGGGUGGAACAUUCUAUCACCUUCUUUUUGGUUUUUCCUUAAACAACAACAACAGUAACAGCAACAGCAAGCUGAAAACAAGAACUUGACCAGCGGGCCGGCAAGAAUUCUGUUCUGGAAAAGGGAAGUUUGUGGCUCUAUCCCAAGUUGACCUUCAAAGAGCCUGGCUGCUGUUGAGCCGGGAGGAGAUGUUUUGUGUGCAGGCUUGGGUGGGGGCUCUCUCGGAACUUCUGUGGGAGCACAGCAGAGCCCAAGCCGUGGGGGAGCAUCUGGUGUAGUUGCCGCAUCUCUACCCUUCGGGCUGUGCCUGUAGGUGACCAGGGUCUUCUCCCCACCCAACACACAGUCUGCAGGGCUGUGGGUCCUAAGAAAGGGCAGCCCCAUGGCCUGGCUUUUACACAGUAUUUUCUCUUUAUUCUGAAUAAGUUCUUCUGUUGUGUUGUUUUUGUUUUUAUUUUUAAACUGACCACUUGGGAAAAAAAUGGCUUGGUUAUCUGUGGCUUUCAUGCCCUUCCCCUACCCCUCCGCAGCCCCCUUUUUGAGUGGGCUGACUGAUUUUUGUAGCCUCCAUAAAGAGCCUGAGUGGCCCAGGUAGGAGGGCGAAGGCAGGGGUCCGGAAGGACCGUGGGAUCCUUAUUACUGUGGUUUGGCUUCAGAUGACCAGUCAAGCUUUGAUAGGAAUAACCUGAUGGAGAAAGCAAAGAGCUAAAACUCACAUUCCCUGUCCAGUGCUGUUUAUACGAAGAGUUUGGUUUUCCCCCCACUCUUGAACGAUGAUAUUCACAUUAGGCGUUGAUGUUACAGUAAGAAAGGGAAAAAAUAUAUAUAUAU